AUGUUAAGGAAGGAGGAAAACUUUUUUUCAUGUGGAAGAAGAAAAACCCCAGUGGAAAAAUCAGGUCCCAUUAAGAAAAUUGAAGAACAAUGGGUUCACGAGGGUGUAAUGGCUUCAUCAGACAAAGGGUACGCUGACCCCUUUGAUGUCAUACAUGAGCCAUUUUCUAGCUUGAGUGAAAUGGAUUUUGAACUCCAUGACAUUUACAUGGACCACGAACCAGAUGAAGAAUUUGUGUCCUCACUUGAUAAAUGUAAGGAUAUCUUCCUAAAUGCUCUAUUAAGUGAUGAAAACCUACGAAAUUCUUGUAUGGCUGAUGAAAUCAGAGCACAAGUGUACCAUGCUACUGAUUGGCAGAGUGAUGAAGACGAACAUGAGGUAUUGAAAAACAACUAUAGAAUUCAUGACCCAACCAUCAAGUGGGACAAGAUGGUUACGGGAUAUGGAUGUGUUCAUGCCAUUGCAACCAUCAACUAUAUCCAUCAAAUGUCUGAUGAGUAUAUUGAUGACAUGUUUUCCAAGGAACAAUUCCUAAAGUGUUACUCUGCUAACAUUAGUCCAGUGAAUGGUUCAAAUCUGUGGCCUCAAACUGAAUUCAUAAAUCCCUUACCACCAAUGUCAAGGAGAAUGCCUGAUAGGCCAAAGGUCAAUAGAAGGAGACAUGUAAGUGAAAAUGAUAGAAGAGUACACACCCCAAGAACUGUAAGGUAUGGUAACUGCUUUGAGUACGUCCAUAACCAUAAGGGAUGCGGGAAUUCAACCAGGGAACUUGUCCCUAUGCCACCAAAUAAGAGAGGAAGGCCAAGGAAGGAACAAUGUGAACCCAGUCAAGCAUCAUGUGAUAGGUCUAAGAGGCAGGAACCAGUUCCUAUGCCACCAAAGAAGAAAGGAGGGCCAAGGAAAAAGGUCCAAUCUAACCCAAAUCAAGCAUCAAGUUCUAAAUCUGUUAAAAGAAAAAAGAAGACGGGUAGGGGCUUUGAGGAACAAAUGAAAGAUUUGUUUGACAAAGAAGAUAUUGAUGAUGACAGUGUGGUUGAUAUGUUGUGCACUUUUGAAGCUGCUAUUAGCCAACCAAAGCAUAAUAAUGAGAAAGGUGAUGGAUUCCAAGAUGCAAUGGAUUAUAUUCUUCAAGGUAUUCUUCAUGGUAAUGAUGAAAAAUGUGUUGAGGAUGUUGAAACUUCCAUGACAAAAACACUUAAUGAGGUUGGAGAUGCAAUGGUGUAA